GCGCCCAUGCCUCCGGCCCCGCGCAGCGGCUGCCCUGACCUGGCCGCGACCUCCCUCCGCGCGCCCCGCCGCCCGGGCCCCUGGGGUGUUCCCCAACCACGGCCUAACCCCGCCACACCCCCCGCCCCCGGCCUCCGCAGCUCGGCAUGGGCGCGGGGGCGCUCGCCCUGGGCGCCUCCGAGCCCUGCAACCUGUCGUCGGCCGCGCCGCUCCCCGACGGCGCGGCCACGGCGGCGCGGCUGCUGGUGCCCGCGUCGCCGUCCGCCUCGCCGCUGACCCCGACCAGCGAGGGCCCCGCGCCGCUGUCGCAGCAGUGGACGGCGGGCAUAGGCCUGCUGAUGGCGCUCAUCGUGCUGCUCAUUGUGGUGGGCAACGUGCUGGUGAUCGUGGCCAUCGCCAAGACGCCGCGGCUGCAGACGCUCACCAACCUCUUCAUCAUGUCCCUGGCCAGCGCCGACCUCGUCAUGGGGCUGCUGGUGGUGCCGUUCGGGGCCACCAUCGUCAUGCGGGGCCGCUGGGAGUACGGCUCCUUCUUCUGCGAGCUCUGGACCUCGGUGGACGUGCUGUGCGUGACGGCCAGCAUCGAGACCCUGUGUGUCAUCGCCCUGGACCGCUACCUCGCCAUCACGUCGCCCUUCCGCUACCAGAGCCUGCUGACCCGCGCGCGGGCGCGGGCCCUCGUGUGCACCGUGUGGGCCAUCUCGGCCCUGGUGUCCUUCCUGCCCAUUCUCAUGCACUGGUGGCGGGCCGAGGGCGACGAGGCGCGCCGCUGCUACAACGACCCCAAGUGCUGCGAUUUCGUCACCAACCGGGCCUACGCCAUCGCCUCGUCCGUCGUCUCCUUCUACGUGCCCCUGUGCAUCAUGGCCUUCGUGUACCUGCGGGUGUUCCGCGAGGCCCAGAAGCAGGUGAAGAAGAUCGACAGCUGCGAGCGCCGCUUCCUCAGCGGCCCGGCGCGGCCCCCGUCGCCCGCGCCCGCGCCCGGCUCCCCGCGCCCCCCCGCCGCCGCCGCCCCUCUGGCCAACGGGCGCAUCAGCAAGCGGCGGCCCUCGCGCCUCGUGGCCCUGCGCGAGCAGAAGGCGCUCAAGACGCUGGGCAUCAUCAUGGGCGUGUUCACGCUCUGCUGGCUGCCCUUCUUCCUGGCCAACGUGGUCAAGGCCUUCCACCGCGACCUGGUGCCCGACCGCCUCUUCGUCUUCUUCAACUGGCUGGGCUACGCCAACUCGGCCUUCAACCCCAUCAUCUACUGCCGCAGCCCCGACUUCCGCAAGGCCUUCCAGCGCCUGCUCUGCUGCGCGCGCCGGGCCGCCCGCGGGAGCCCCGCGGCCGCCGGCGACCAGCCGCGCGCCUCGGGCUGCCUGCCGCGGGCCCGGCCGCCGCCGUCGCCCGGGGCCGCGUCGGACGACGACGACGACGACGACGUCGGGGCCGCGCCGCCCGCGCGCCUGCUGGAGCCCUGGGCCGGCUGCAACGGCGGGGCGGCGGCCGACAGCGACUCGAGCCUGGACGAGCCGGGCCGCCCCGCGGGCGCCUCGGAAUCCAAGGUGUAGGGCCCGGCGCGCGCUGCCGGCCCCCCGCGCCCGGGAGCAAGAACGCCCAGGCGCCCCUGACGGCUUCCGUGGGGCUGCGGGGGAAGGGGGGCGGGUGCGGGAAAGAGAUCUGUGUUUACUCAAGACCC